UUCUGACCCCAAUCUGGCAACACCGGCGCAGUACAGCCAUUCAGCUAAGGUGCCCAUUGAAAACUGGACCAGAAAAGUGCAGCUAAAACUUGAAUUCACAUAGGAUAUCGACACGGUGAAUGGACUAUGGACUGUAUUUCAACAAAUCUAGAGGAUUUGGAGUGCAAAAAAGAGGGACUCCUAGAAGAUCCAGAGCACAAUGUGUACACCAGGUUUAUGAAGUCCCACAAGUGUUAUGACCUUGUACCCACAAGCUCUAAACUGGUUGUGUUUGAUACAUCUCUCCAGGUGAAGAAGGCAUUUUUUGCACUUGUGUCUAAUGGGGUAAGAGCAGCACCUUUAUGGGACAGUAAUAAACAGUGUUUUGUUGGUAUGCUAACAAUCACAGAUUUCAUCAACAUCCUUCAUCGCUACUACAAGUCUCCUUUGGUUCAGAUAUAUGAGCUGGAGGAACACAAAAUUGAAACGUGGAGAGAGGUUUACCUUCAAGACUCAUUCAAACCAUUAGUAAGCAUAUCACCAAACGCAAGUUUGUAUGAUGCAGUAUCAUCACUACUGAAGAACAAGAUCCACAGACUGCCUGUAAUUGACCCUUUGACGGGGAACACACUCUACAUUCUCACACACAAGAGGAUUCUCAAGUUUCUCAAGCUUUUUAUUUCAGACAUGCCAAAACCCACAUUCUUGGGUGAAACCUUAGAGGAACUGAACAUCGGAACAUUCAAGAAUAUUGCUGUGGUGCGUUCAGAUACACCUCUGUACACUGCCCUGGGCAUAUUUGUUGAGCAGAGAGUGUCAGCUCUGCCUGUUGUGGACGACAGAGGUCGAGUCGUAGACAUUUACUCAAAAUUUGAUGUUAUAAACCUGGCAGCAGAGAAGACGUAUAACAACCUGGAUGUGACGGUGACUAAAGCCCUGCAGCACCGCUCUCAGUACUUUGAAGGUGUGCUGACCUGCCACAGGCAUGAGACCCUUGAGGCCAUCAUUAACCGGCUUGUGGAGGCUGAAGUGCACAGACUGGUGGUGGUGGACGAGCAAGAUGUGGUGAAGGGGAUUGUGUCCCUCUCCGAUAUCCUCCAGGCAUUAGUGCUUACUGAUAGAGAUGAGGGCACUGCAUAACCAAGUAACUCAAAGAAGCAAGGAGACAUUUAUCCAUGAAAAGGAGACAAGAGCAAAUGAAGAACAGAUGUGUGAUG